AUGGCAAUGAAGACGUUGAAGACAGAAACAUUCCUGGAGGCCCAAGCAAUGGCACAACAGAAACCAAGGAAGCUAAAAAGCAAGGCAUUAUCAUCUGCAGCAGUUUCAGCACAUGAAGAAAUGUUGGGCACACAACCUUCAAGCCAGAAUAUUACCGGAAAAGAGGUUCAAUCUCACUUGGGUUAUAAGCAUGUGUGGCCUGAUAUCAGAUUUGGCUGGAAAAUCGCGGUGGGUACGAUGAUUGCAUUUGUUGGAGCAGCAUUUGGGAAUGUGGGAGGUGUUGGUGGGGGUGGCUUUUUCAUCCCAAUGCUUACCCUCAUUAUUGGAUUUGACCAGAAAUCAUCAAUUGUAGUCUCCAAAUGUAUGAUCGCGGACACAGCAACUGCUCGGUCAUGUAUAACAUAG